CUAACCUAUUUAAAGAUCUUGGCAGCGGCUUGGAUUCCACGUUCUCACAGGGUGCGUUUAGUCAAAAACUCUCUUUAGUUGCCUGAAGCUCACAAACAUGAUUUACCCAUAUCUACUAAACCACCCUCCCAUCAACGAUCCUGAAUGGGGCUACGAAAUACCGGGAGAGCCCGCUUCCUCAAAAUCUACCAGCCCAGGAUGCCCUCAUUCAUCAUCGCUUAGUAGUCGAAGUCCGGAGUUGAAUAUGCGCUUCGAGUUGGCACCAUUCCACCACUCGCCACAACAAUUCGAAACAGCUAUGCCUACCCCGCAGCCAACACCGAAGUCGUGUCACUGCUUGGAGAGUAUAAUUUUCCUGCUCGAAGAUGUGGAUAUGGCGAUCACGACAACUCAGGGAUCUACGCCGGCCGCGGCACUUGCGAGCCGCCAAGAGGCGGUAACGUGCUGUCAGCGGUUGCUGAAGUGUCUGGAGUGCAUUACACGCGUGGAGACACUGAUACCAUGCGAGAAACUUGUUACCCUCUGCUCCAUAGCCGUCAAGAGGUUUGUGGAGCAGCUGCAGAGGCGUGAGGUAGACUCGCAAGUCGACCUGUUUUUUUGGGAUGGUAGUGCAAUUGCGUUGUCUGACUGAAUUCUUGGAUGAUAGGAGAAGGGUUGCGGCUUCGGUUCUAUCUCAGUCACAGAUCGCAAAACUUGUGACGAAC